GACGCAUGCGCAUACGCUGCAACAGCAAGGAUUUCAAAUCGAUAACCGAGCGGAUCAUCGGCGCCUCCCAUCAGACUUCACAAUGGCAGAUAAACAAAAUGCCCAGAAAAGUGUCAAAAUAGCCGCUGGCGCCGUAGUUUGUGUUGAAAGUGAAAUCAGAGGAGAUGUCACCAUAGGUCCCAGAACAGUGGUCCACCCGAAAGCUCGUAUCAUUGCAGAGGCAGGACCCAUAGUGAUCGGAGAAGGCAAUUUGAUCGAGGAGCAAGCUCUCAUCAUUAACAGUUACCCAGAGAACAUCACACCAGAUUCAGAAGUGGAACCGAAGACUAUGACCAUCGGUAUCAACAACGUAUUUGAAGUUGGCUGUGUGUCACAAGCCCUGAAAAUCGGGGACAACAAUGUGAUAGAAUCAAAAGCUGACGUCGGUAGGAAUGUGAUCCUCACCAGUGGAUGUAUCAUUGGGGCCUUCUGUCAGGUCAACACCUGCGAGGUCAUCCCUGAGAACACGGUCAUCUACGGCUCUGGAUGUAUGAGGCGGGUUCAGACAGAGAGACCGCAGCCGCAGACUCUUCAGCUCGACUUCCUGAUGAAGAUUCUGCCGAACUACCAUCAUUUAAAGAAAACAGUGAAAGCGGGCCACGCUGCUAACUGAAAGCUUUUAUUGUAAAUGGCUGGCCGGCCCAUAUUUAAAUAGGUAAUGCUGAAUGUAUAUAAUUAUAUAAUAUGUAUAACAAGCUUCAUCAGUACUUUUUCUCACUGGUAUUUUCUAACUGCAAACGUUUCCUCUUCAUGUAUCGUUUUCUAUGAUUCAUUAAAUAACCUCAAAUGCUGA